CUUUUUUCUCUCUCUUUAACUGUCAGAAUGAAAAAAUGUUGUGAUCCAGGAUGUUAUCAAAGCUGGAAAAUAAACUCUGAAUUAAACCUCAAUCUGAGGGUGGAUUAAUUGUUAAUAGAACAUGGAAUUGCUUUGACUGGGAGACGUUUGUCGUUUUCAGAAAUGGCUGAUGACCUCGUGGGGUGGAUUGUUCUCAGUUUGACAAUAUUACGUAAAGGUGCUUUUGCUCUAGAGCCGAGUUUCGAUGUCCCGGUGAUCAACAUCACAGUUGUUGUGGGUAAAACCGCCAUAUUGCCGUGUUCGGUUGAAUUUCUUGGAGAGCAUAAGGUUGUUUGGACGGACGAAUUUUCCACACUUUUAACAUUUGACAUCAAUCGAAUCAUUGAUGACGACAGAAUUGGAAUAGACAGACCCUACAAUAAAGAUUGGAAUCUUAUUAUUCAUGACGUCAGAGUAAAGGAUAGGGGGCGCUAUAUAUGUCAAAUCAACACACAUCCAAUCAAAACGAAGCCCGUGGAACUCAAUGUUUUAGUUCCGCCACAAAUUCUAAACGAGAAUGAUGAUGGUUCAAGACGAGAAAUAUUAUCGAAGGAGGGAGAAACUGUUAAUGUAAUCUGCAACGUCUCGGGAAUUCCCCCGCCAAGCGUGAAGUGGUACAGGCGCCCUCUGGAGGACACACUUGGAAGUAAAAAAGAAAGAAUAGUGUCGGAACUAGACCGACCCAAGGACCGCCAAAGAGAGCCAUGCAUUUACACGGUCCACGAUGAACCAGGAAUAGGUAUGGAGGGAGAAAUUCUCGUAAUUCAUAACGUUAGUCGGUAUUGUGAUGGGAUCUACCAGUGCGUCGCGUCCAAUGAUGUUCCCCCCGCGGUGGAAAUGGAGACCGCUGUGUUUGUAGAAUUUCAGCCAGAAGUUAACCUUAUAAACAAACGCAUAUCGCAAGAGAAAGGGAAGGAGACGAUACUGCUGUGCGAGAUCACAGCCUUCCCCCAAGCACUGUCCUACUGGAUGUACCACGGACAGGAAGUAGUCAGCUCCGAGCGAUUUAAGGUUGACAUCUACCCAGAGGGCAAGGCCCACACCAUCACACUCAGUCUUAGAAUCACCAACAUAUCGGAGAUAGACUUUGGGGAAUACGAAUGCUUUGCUUCCAAUAAACUUGGACGUGACAGAGAGUCUAUGGUUCUAAACGAAUUGCGAAAAAUGAAAGUUAAUAAACAAACCACACCUGCUGUGGUUCCUCCGACAACCAGAAGUCGUCAAAUAGUGGGGCUAGUGGCUACGUACCGACCAACACAUGCCAGAGACGAAGGAGAGUCUUACAAAGGUUUAGUGAAGGAUUUCCAACAGGUCGAAAAUGGGUGUCAGAGUUUGAAUGAAAAAAGAACAAUUACCGCAAUAACUUUAUUUUUUGCAUUAUUAUUGACUUCAUAUCAGUUCUUGAAUCAAGGAGGGCUACCGACAAUUGAGUUGGUGUUACAGGGGUUUAAAAUGUCCAGUAUCCGGUCAUCUGUUCACCCGAAGGACCUGAACCAGCCCUGGGGCACGAUUCUGAAGCCAGAAUACGGCCUGGGACAUCAGAAGAUGACGGAUUAUGAAAUUGACCAGACGGUAGAUCGUCUGUACAAAAUCCCUGCCACCAAGGAGCGUGUUUACGAAAGACCAGGGAAAAAGAUGACAGAGGAAGAAAUAGCCGAGAUGUUACAGCGACUAACCAAGGCCCCCGUGGAGAAGAUUCCGGACAGCGAUCGAAGAGUGACCAAGUCUACGUACAACGAAAUGGGCGUGGUCAGCUCGUACGCGUGGAAAGGUUAUAACUAAGGAACACUGUGCUUGGUGUGGAUUUUAUCAUUUAUGACUUCACGUUGAUAGGACAGUGACUCCAUUUUAUAUUUUUAUACUGUUAUGUUCAUAACUGCCUGCUCUUUUUAAAAUUCUUUUUUAGUUGUUUGUAUUUAGAGAUUAUUUCAUGUUUCACGAAUUUUUUUUUUUUUACCUUUGAACAAAGUGUUUUAGGGCAGAGUUUGUUUUUUGUUUUAUCAAAAUAAAAAUAUGUGAGACAUU